AUGGCCGCAGGCGAACAAAGUGAACAGAAGCGAGCUGCAGAUGCUAUUGCAGACUUGAUGCGGGACGCCAAGGUUCUCCGCUUUGGUGGAGGGUCAGCGGCACCAGAGGCGGCACCGCCGGACGCCGCAAAGCUCCUCAAGGCCAUGGCGGAGCAGUCCCAGGCGCAGGUCGAGCAGAGUCAGCAGAUGAUGGAGCUGAUGCAGAUUCAGCAUCAGCAACAUAUGGCACACAUGCAAAGCAACUUCAUCGACAUGAUCAAACAAGUGGUGCCUCAGGUGGCAUCGACACCACCUCCGCCGUCUCCCGCUGCCGCUGGAGCACCGGCGGCGAUGGCACCAGCGGAGGGCUUUCUCAUGAAGUUGCCGCUUCCGUUGAUGAAGAACCUUGAGAAACUGACGCAUGACCACGAAGAGAAGGCCAAGAAGCUGAUCAAGGCACGCCAUCUGCACAGCAAAACCGAGGAGGACGUGAAAGCCCUAGUCGACGGACAUUACCCGAAUGGUAUCAGAGCGUUCCGGUCGCCCAUCCACCAGGUUGAAUUGGACUCGAUUUGGGAUCGGUGCGCGACCGGCGCCUACCAGUUCGAUUUGUUGGGCACGGCGUGGACUGUGCCCAAACAGGCAACGCGCAGGGAGGCCAAGAGGAUCGCCCACAUGGCCCACGCCCAUGCGUUGCGCAGCAUCGAUGCCGAAACCUUGCAGGGCAGCAUCCAGCUGGCCAUGGAACCGGCCUCCAAGCAGAAAUUCAUGAUCGAGUGCCAGGGGCUGGUUGACAAGGUUUUCGCCAUGCGUGCAACGGAGCUCGGCCUAGACGGGCCGAUGGUCAAGCGCAUCGACCCGAACGCCAUCAAGGAGAAGUUCGAAACCCUGUACGCCCAGGCCGUCGAGAAGGUUGCCACGGCGGAGCAGAAACGCAAGGAAUACGAGGAGAAGGCGAAAGAGAAGGCCGCCAAGCAAGAGGAGAAACUGCUGAAGGUGGCACCGGAGACGCUCUUCCAGGACGCCGUCUCCCACAUCGCCUCCACGAUCGUCGAUAAAAAGUUUUCGAACUUGGACCAGCAGGCCCUUGGCGCCAUGGCUGUGGACGCUUCGGCCCCGAAAGAGACGACCACCGGCGACCAGACCGACGCCGCCUCGAAGUUCGUCGCGUUGAUGGCCCAGCCAAAAAACGGAGCCGCCCCGCCUGCUGGCCAGCCCGAGCCGCAGCCCGAGGGGCAACGCCGCCCCCCGAAGUGCAAAGACAAGAAGGGCAAAACCAAAGACAAAAGCAAGGGCGAGAGCAGCGAGGACAAAGCAAAGCCAAAGGCAAGAGCAGCCAGGACUAGGGCAAAGACACGGGCAAUACCAGCUACAACGCGCCGAAGUCCGGACAGUGGCACUGGAUCCCAAAGGGGGAACGUGGCCGUUGGAACGGACCAAACAAGGAAAAGGCAAAGGAAAGGGCAAAGACUCGAAAGGCAAAGGGCUUGGAGGAAGAGCGAAACAUUGGCAGUGAAGGAUGCCAGAGACCGCGGCGCUCAUCUUCGGUCGUUUUUGCAAUUGUUUUCUGGCUCCAACGUGGGUUUGCAAAUCCAGAUGUUGCAAUAUUGA